GGAUCUGGAGAUCGUAUAUUCUUAUUUACAUGGAAUGGAAGCAUUGUCUAAUUUAAGAGAACACCAGCUCAGAAUAAUGUGUGAAACCGUGAGAUACGAGAGGCAUGAAGCAAAUGAAGUGUUGUACUACCCUGAUGAUAUUGGGACCUGUUGGUAUAUUCUUCUGUCUGGUUCAGUAUUUAUCAAAGAAUCAAUGUUUCUUCCAAGGAGCAGUUUUGGGAAACGCUCUGCAGGAAGCUUCAGGCGUGGCUGUGAAUGCAUUGUUCUAGAACCAUCUGAAAUGAUUGUGGUGGAUUACAUGGAUGAAAAUGAAGAGUAUUUCCAGCGACAAGCAUCACAUAGACAAUCUAGAAGGAGAUUUAGGAAAAUCAACCAAAAAGGAGAAAGACAAACAAUUAUUGAUACUGUUGAUGCUUAUCCUGUAGGGAAGCCACCCUUACCUAGAGGUUAUCAUACGGAAUGCACUAAACAGCAGCUACCUGCAGAUUUUACAAAACUGCACCUCACUGACAGUCUCCACCCACAGGUGACCCACGUUUCAUCUAGUCAUUCAGGAUGUAGCAUCACUAGUGAUUCUGGCAGUAGCAGUCUAUCUGAUAUCUAUCAGGCCACAGAAAGUGAAGCUGGUGACAUGGACCUAAGUGGAUUACCAGAGACAGCAGUAGAUUCUGAGGAUGAUGAUGAUGAAGAAGAUAUUGAGAGAGCUUCUGAUCCUUUGAUGAGCAGAGAUAUUGUUAGAGACUGUCUAGAAAAAGAUCCAAUAGACAGGACAGAUGAUGAUAUUGAACAACUCUUGGAAUUCAUGCAUCAGUUACCAGCUUUUGCUAACAUGACAAUGUCAGUGAGAAGAGAACUCUGUGCUGUAAUGGUGUUUGCAGUUGUAGAAAGGGCAGGAACCAUUGUUCUAAAUGAUGGAGAAGAACUUGAUUCCUGGUCUGUUAUUUUGAAUGGUUCUGUGGAAGUAACAUAUCCAGAUGGAAGAACAGAAAUAUUAUGCAUGGGAAACAGUUUUGGUGUUUCCCCUACCAUGGACAAAGAAUAUAUGAAAGGAAUCAUGAGAACCAAAGUGGAUGAUUGCCAGUUUGUAUGCAUAGCCCAGCAAGAUUACUGUCGCAUUCUGAAUCAAGUAGAAAAAAACAUGCAAAAGGUAGAAGAGGAAGGAGAGAUUGUUAUGGUAAAAGAGCAUAGGGAAUUGGAUCGCACUGGAACAAGAAAAGGUCACAUUGUUAUUAAGGGAACACCGGAGAGAUUAACAAUGCAUUUGGUAGAAGAGCAUUCAGUAGUGGAUCCAACUUACAUAGAAGAUUUCUUAUUGACAUAUAGAACCUUCCUUUCGAGCCCAAUGGAAGUGGGAAAAAAGUUAUUGGAGUGGUUCAAUGAUCCUAGCCUCAGGGAUAAGGUUACACGGGUAGUGUUAUUGUGGGUGAACAAUCACUUCAAUGAUUUUGAGGGAGACCCUGCAAUGACUCGUUUUCUGGAGGAAUUUGAGAACAAUUUGGAAAGAGAGAAAAUGGGUGGACAUCUGAGGCUGUUAAAUAUUGCAUGUGCUGCUAAAGCUAAACGAAGGACUAUAACAUUGACAAAGCCAUCUCGGGAAGCUCCUUUGCCUUUCUUAUUAUUAGGAGGAUCUGAAAAGGGAUUUGGAAUCUUUGUUGACAGCGUAGAUUUGGGUAGCAAGGCUACUGAAGCAGGCUUGAAACGUGGAGAUCAGAUAUUGGAGGUGAAUGGCCAAAACUUUGAAAAUAUCCAGCUAUCAAAAGCCAUGGAAAUUCUUCAAAAUAAUACCCAUUUAUCUAUCACUGUGAAAACCAACUUAUUUGUUUUUAAAGAACUUCUAACAAGGUUGUCUGAGGACAAAAGAAAUGGUGCUCCUCACCUUCCUAAAAUUGGUGAUAUUAAAAAAGCAAGCCGUUACUCCAUCCCAGAUCUUGCAGUUGAUGUGGAACAGGUGAUAGGAUUGGAAAAAGUAACCAAGAAAAGCAAAGCCAACACUGUUGGAGGGAGAAACAAAUUAAAGAAAAUACUAGACAAAACCCGCAUCAGUAUCCUGCCUCAGAAACCAUACAAUGAUAUUGGAAUUGGUCAGUCUCAGGAUGAUAGCAUUGUAGGUUUAAGGCAGACCAAGCACAUUCCUCCUGCUCUACCUGUCAGUGGAACAUUGUCAUCAAGCAAUCCUGACUUACUACAGUCACAUCAUCGCAUCUUAGAUUUCAACACAACUCCAGAUUUACCAGAUCAGGUUCUGCGAGUUUUUAAAGCAGAUCAGCAAAGUCGCUAUAUUAUGAUAAGCAAGGACACAACUGCAAAGGAAGUGGUUGUUCAAGCAAUUCGAGAGUUUGCUUUAACCACCACCCCAGAUGCAUAUUCUUUAUGUGAGGUCUCUGUCACUCCAGAGGGUGUCAUCAAGCAACGGAGACUUCCAGAUCAACUCUCCAAACUUGCUGACAGAAUACAACUUAGUGGAAGGUGA